UUCUCUCAUUGUGUGUUCUCAGUUCGUAGCGUAAACACAGCAACUCGUGUGAGUCUCUUCGACCGCCUAAAUAACAAAUAAACACUAUUGUUGACAACAGACCAAGCUAAGCGUGUGUGUGCGUUGGUUCCCGCGAAACAGUAAUACAUUUUUCCAAAAGACGAAACAUUAAUUGACAAUGGCCCGUACCAAGCAGACUGCUCGUAAAUCUACUGGAGGAAAGGCUCCACGUAAACAAUUGGCCACCAAAGCUGCCCGUAAGAGCGCCCCAUCGACCGGUGGUGUCAAGAAGCCACAUCGUUAUCGUCCAGGUACCGUCGCUCUUCGUGAAAUCCGUCGUUACCAGAAGUCCACCGAAUUGUUGAUCCGCAAGUUGCCGUUCCAACGUUUGGUGCGUGAAAUCGCUCAGGACUUCAAGACCGACUUGCGUUUCCAAUCGGCCGCCAUCGGUGCUUUGCAAGAAGCCUCCGAAGCUUACUUGGUUGGAUUGUUCGAAGACACCAACUUGUGCGCCAUCCACGCCAAACGUGUCACCAUCAUGCCGAAAGACAUCCAGCUCGCUCGUCGUAUCCGAGGCGAACGUGCUUAAGGACUGUCAAUAUUAAUAACAGUGGAUUUUACGUAUUCGUUUUCAAUUAUUUUGCAAACCUUUUUUUUCUCUUCAUUACUAAAAAUAAUUGUCUACAUUUGAUAAGCAAAAAAACACAUUUGAUUAAAUAAACCAUAAAUAAAACUAACGACGUCCGACUUAAAUUUCUUAGACGAA